GGCACGACGCUAGAAGACGCCUUCGGACAAGACAUCGCGCACCCACUGUGGUCCGCCAAGCUCCUCGCCGACGAUCCCGACCCAAUCAUCGCCGCCCACCUCGGCUUCCUCCGCGCAGGUGCCCGAGUGAUCCUCACCUCCUCAUACCAAUGCUCGUUCGACACCUUCGCCCGCGCCGGUUACCCCCCUGAGCAAGCCCGAUCUCUCAUGCUCCAAUCCGUCUCGCUCGCCUCGUCCGCAGCGCACCUCUUCCUCUCCGAACGGCCCGACCUCUCCCGGUCCGACAUCACCAUCGCGCUCAGCCUAGGACCGUACGGCGCCGCCUGCGUACCGACGCAAGAAUACGACGGCUGCUACCCGCCUCCCUACGGUCCCCAAGCUUACCACCCCAGUAGCGCAAACCGCAACGCCUUCACCCCUGAAGAGGUCGCACUCGGUCACGAAGACAAAGCGAUCGACGCGCUCCGCUCCUUCCACCGCGCCCGUCUGGAAGUCUACGCCUCGUGCCCCACCACCUGGUCCGAUAUCGACGCUCUCGCGUUCGAGACCGUCCCGUCCGUGUUGGAAAUCCGCGCGAUCCGGCUCGCCGUCGCCGACCUCCAUCGCCGCUCUUCGCACACCCGGAGCCCGGCGAACCCGAAACCGUGGUGGAUCAGCGCGCUCUUCCCCUCCGGCCGCUUUCCUCAACAAGACCUCUCCUCUCCCGGUUCAGGAACGGAUGAACGCGUGUCCGUCGAGCGCGUCGUCGAGACUAUGCUCGCGCCGUACCCCGACGUGGACGCCGCCGCGCCCCCGACCGCGAUCGGGAUCAACUGCACGCCCGUCACGCACCUCCGCGAUCUGCUGCGGCGGCUGCAGCUUGCCGUAGCGCGCCCCGUCGAUGGCGCCGACGCCCGAAAACCCUGGCUCGUGCUGUACCCGAACGGCGGAGACGUCUACGACCCGCAGACGCAGACGUGGAGGACCACGGAGGGGUCAAAGGGGCAAAUAUGGGCCCGGGACGUGCUCGGCGUGCUCGAGGAUGUGCUCGACGAGGACGCGUGGGCCGGCGUCGUCGUCGGAGGAUGCUGCAAAACGGGCUUUGAGGAGAUCGCUGCGAUAUCCGCAGGCUUGCAGGCUCAGCCCGACCGGUCAUAA